AUGUCUCUGUGGCCCUUCAGAUCUCAACACCACGAUGCAGCUCAGCCAUCAAGAUCCCAUCAAGACGAGACAGCCCAGCCUCUCCAGCAAGCAGAAGUCGACAAAAUCUGCCACAUCAUGAAGUCCAUGCGACUAGAUCCGUUAACACAAGCAACCGGCACGACCUCUCAGAGAGAACGAGGCCUCUGGGAUUUGAUGUUCAAGCUGAAGACUGAGGCGGAAGAAUUCGAGUCCUCCACUUUGUCAUUGGUGGCACAUCUCGAAGAGGGAUACACUGUCCUAGAUUAUCGCCCAAUGAGCAUGACUGAGGAGAUCACCUCUAUUGAAAACGGUCCAGAGCGUUGGGCACGACUUCGAGAAUUGGCUGUCGUCCUAGCCAUGGAAACAGUACCACGACUGAGAAUCCAAUAUGUCAAGGUCAAAGAGCAGCUCGACACAGUGCUCAAUCCAAGAGUCUUGCCAGAAAUCAGUAAAUUCUCAGUGCUCAGGAUGCCUCAGGGGAUUACGUUGGUAUGA